AUGCCCCCCCGGCGUCAAUCACAAGUUCGCCGGUAUCCGCGUCGCCUCGGUCUGGCCGGGUUAAUUGAUUGUGAGUCUGUUUACGGCUGUGCUGGUAUCUGUAGUGACUACCGCAUACCAACAGGUGGUCAUAAACUGGCAGCUCGUGGCCCAUCGCCCGCCGGGCUGGUGGCUGCUUGUCCCUUCCUGUACAUGGUUGAAGACGUCGGUAUUCUGCACCACACCGUCUAUCCAUCCACGCCUCCAUCCUGCCGCACACUCGCCCCCCAACCCCCUCCAUCAGGUCGCCUCAAACGAGUUGAUUGUCACCCAUUCCGGCCUUUCCCACUCCCGACCCAACCACACGAAGUUGUUUGUUGUGCUGUUGUGACGGCCGAACGCCUUAUCUACAGCCCCGUAGGCAACAUCGGCUCGGCUGUUUAUUCCCAAUUCAUUUGCAACUGCGUCCCUCCACCGUCCGAUCCUAGAGACGAUUUCUCUCCACAGCAAGCCAUCGCUACCUCCAACUUGGAGCCUGGGCUGCUCGUGCCCCCCAUCGGCCUCCCCUUCGUUUACCGUGUUGGAGUGUGCAUUUUUAUUCGAUAUCCGAGCUCUGGCAAGUCGGUCGCCAUGGCGAAUUGGCUUAGUCAUUCUGCUUCUGUAGCUUUCGGACCCGAGGCGGCGCUGAUCCCUACGCGCCAAUAG